AUGCCGGACGCAAAGGAAGAUGGAGGUGGCUAUGGUGCUUGGAGCCACGUCCCAACAUGGGACGGCAGCCCGCUCACCUGGCGGACCUUCAGGAGAGAGAUGUCCUGGUGGCUUUGCAGCCUCGACUUGGAGAGCACGAGGAAGUACAACCUGGCGGCGCGCUGGCUGCUUCGGCAGUCGGGCAUAGUGCGCCAAAGAGGAGAGGAGUUCAACCCCGAGGAGCUGGCCUUCAAGAAAGCCGUGACGCUCACGGAUCCGGAUUCUGGCGAGGUCUUGGUGGACGAGCCCGAGGACUUGCUGUUCGGCUUGCUGGCAGCCUUGGAAGCCAUGAAUGGGCAGAGCACCUUGGACAAGAGGGGCGAGCUUCGAACCCAGUUUUACCUUCACUUGGCCCGGCGUGCUGGGGAACGGGGGGAGCUUGGCUGGUUUUUCAAGGAGAAGAUCGGCCUGGACCCCUUGAGGAAGCAGCUUCUGGAAACGGCCUUGCAGGGGUCCGAGUCCUACUCCGUGAUUGAAGCUGAGCGGCAACUCCCGGCUUACCAUCAAGAAGAUGUUCACCUCAGCCUCUUCGGCUCCUUCUUCGGCGGCUUCGUCUACGGCGACUUCGGUGCGGAGGCCUUCGACGGCGUCUACGGCAAGUUCGGCUAUGCGGCGGAGGAUGACGAGGACGUGGACGAGGUCGUGGACGACGGCGAGACGCAGGAGGACCGGGAGGGCGAGACCACUUUGGAAGAAGUUCUGCAAGCCGAGGUUGAGCACUUGGCGGGCGAGAUUGCCGAGGCGGAAGCGGAGGGCGUUGACCCCGUUCACCUGGAAGCCCUGGAGAGCGGGAUCGAGGCGUCGGCAGAAGCUUUGGUGAGCGUGAGAGAAGCCAGGUCGAAGUUGGCCGAGGUUCGCAAAGACCGUGGCUACAAGCAUCCCUCAACUACUUCUCCUUCGGCGACGGGCAGACCUAAAGCCAAGUCGGCGUCGGCGGCAGUGGCGGCCAAGAAGGCCUCCGGCAAGCAUGUGUGUUUUGAUCGCGGACAGGGAGGCCACUGGGUUGAACAAGCCGUGCCCAAGAAUGAGGUCAUGAUGGCCGUCUCCUGGUGUUGGACGGCGGACAAGUCGGCGGUCGGGGCCUUGGACAGCGCCUGCAACCGAACGUUUGCUGGAACGGCAUGGCUGGAGGACUAUGUGGCUCAGCUGAGUGCGGCGCCCGACUUCAUCAAGGAGCUGGUGACCACGAAGGUCGAGACGGAGACGUUCCGCUUUGGAAACGGAGGGGUUCUGCCCUCGGCGCUGCGGUGGCGGAUCCCGAUCGUGAUCUCCAGCGAGCUUGUCUGUGUCUGGGUCUCGGCUGUCCAAGUGCCUUCGCUGGGGCUGCUUCUGGGGCGAGACGUGCUUGAUGGACUUCAAGGAGCGCUGGAUUUCUCGGCUCGAACCUUGGUGUGCAAGAUCUUCGGCGAGGGCGCUACGGCUCUGUCUUGGCCGGAGCCUGGAAAAGGGCGGCGUCGCAAGCUUGGACCAGAUGGUGUUUUGGAAGUUUGCCUGGGCUGCAGGGCUUGGGAAAGGCGCUCGAUGCAAGUUCGUUCUCGAUCGCAGUCUGCUGAUGCAAAGCUUGAGGGGAACAGCCACAACAUGACUGAAGCAAGCCUCGAGUUGGGUCGUCUUGCCUUUGACUUUCACUCGGUGCUGACGGCCUUGGCUCAAAGCAACAUGUUUGGCGACCUUGUCGCCGCAAAUUCGGACGACAGCCCCACUGCUUCCACUUCUGUGCCCUCCUUGGAUGAUGGCGACUUCGGCGAUGGCGCCCACGCAGGCGCCUGGAAGCGAGUUGGGGCGAAGCAACUUCGGCGAGCUCGGCGCGGCGGACGAGGCCCUCCUGAAGUUCACGGCAAAGUGGCGAAGGAUGGUCCUUCGGCUUUGGCAUCGAGCAAGGUGGAGCUACAAAGGCGUCCUGCUUUGGUUCGUCAGGCAGCCCGGGCUUCGAUACUUGCCCUGGCCUUAUCCUUCGGUGUCUUCUGUGGAGCAGUGGCGCAUGCAAGCGGAAGCCAUGAUCGACCCGGAAGUGGCUGGACCCGAUCUUGGCUGAGCAGCUCUGACCACGGGCUCGGUGUCGGAAAACACCUCAGAGCACACAAUCGGAAUCUCCAUGACAAAGGCCUCGUGGAUCCCCUUCAUGUACAACUGCUUGUGCUCAUCGGCCAUCGCCUUGCGAACCUGCCUUGCCGAACAGGAUAUCAGAACUUGGUCUCGCCGACGUCGAUCCCAAGCUUGGCUCAGGAGCAGCCGCUGUCCUGGCUUCAGUCGUCCAGCACCCCCUUGCUCUCGAUCCUGGGGUCGAGGAGCUCCCAAUCGGCCACACCCGCCUCGGUCAUCAAGGCGUCCUCGCUCGGCUCCGCAGCUGGCGCCGUCAUCGAGCCCGCCUGCAUCUGCAUCACGUGGCGCAGCACCUGGGAGAACAUAGCCUGGAAGCGCUCGUCCAUGGCCGCCAUCCUCGCGUCCACCACCUGCAGCACCGAUUCUGGGCUCGCCGCCGGCGGAGACGUGACAGCAUUCCUGGGGACCUCGGCUGGGGUCGAUGUCGCUGCCGUAGUGCUCGAAGAGGGGCCCAAAGUCGACGGCGAGGUUCUCCUUGACCUCGGUGCGCAGGAGCUGCGCCAGCUUGACCAGGUCGCCCUUCAGAGUCGGGAGGCCGCCGCGAGGCCCAAGCAAAGUCCUCGCCACCUUGAGGCGGUCUUUCUCCUUCGCCAGCUUCUCCGCCUCCUCCUUGAUCGCGGCGUUCUUCAACUGGGUCAUGCGUCCAGGGCGUUGUCGAGCCAUCAGCAUCCCUGCUCGGUCCCGAGGCCAUACCACCGGGACGACCAUGACCUUGGACAGCGGAUGGAACUUUGCCCUCCGAUCGCAUCGGCAACUGGCGUUGGAGAUGGUCAACGUGAGAAGCCGUACUUCGUGGUCAUUGCUUUUCCUUGUGGGCCCUGGCGGAAGCUCUUCCUUUGGUGCGUUUUGCCUGCCGAUUGGCAACUGGACGCUGACCGGCACUUUGUCAUUGAAAAUCCUUUGAGCAGCGGUGCUUGGAAGACUCCUUCAUUGCUGGCCCUUCGACGUGACCCCAGAACCCGGGAGGUGCCCAUCGACAUGUGCCGCUUCGACCUUCGAGGUCCGUCUGGCCUCCGGCACAAGAAGCCUACUCGCAUAUUGACCUCAAGCCAGUCGGUGGUGUCAGCCCUGCUUGGAAGCCGCUGCACCAGGAGGCAUGCGCGUGAGCCGACCAUGGGUGGUUCAGCCAUUACCACAGCUGCGGGGCACUACACCCGGAAGUUUGCGGAGAAGCUAGUUAUUGCUUUCGAGGCCGAGUUCGACUUCGAGACGGCGAUGGCGGACCGCGAGGUGAAGGUGUCGGAGUGCUUUGAGGUUGUGGGCGGCCACUCCGCGGUGGACUUCUACCACGGUGCGCCUCCGGCAGCGGUGCAGGCGGCUCGCGAGCUUCGUUGCGAUGUAUGCCAAGAGCGGAAAGCUCCCAAAAGCCGUCGCGUUGCAGGCUUACCUCCUCCCCGUGCAGUUGGCGAGCAGAUCCGCGUGGACCUCCUGAUGGUGGACGACGCUGUGGGGAACGUCUACGUUGUUGUUCAUGCCACUGACGCUGUGUCACGAUACCAGCUAGCUCGGGUCAUUCCUGACAGGUCUACGGCAUCGGUGACGGCAUUCCUGAGUGAGAUGUGGCUGCCGAUCCUGGGUGCACCAAGGACAAUUGUUGCGGACCAGGGUCGAGAAUUUAUUUCAGAGGAGAUGCAAGUUUGGUGCAGCAGCCGCAGCAUUAUGUUGUGGCACUCCGCCGUACAAGCGCCGUGGCAGAACGGCGUGGCGGAAAGAAGCGGCGGGAUCCUUAAAAGCCUGAUUGCCUCCUGCGUGGUGGACCAGACCGUGAUUGGGCAUGCUUCCAUGUGUUCGGCGGUGGGCGAAGCUUGUUCGGCCUACAACUCCGACCCCAAUGCAGAGGGAGAUCGGUGCUCAACAACUUUGCUGGGCGCCUGGCCGAACAUGGUGAUCGACUCCGAGCCGAACCUCACUCAGCGCAUUGCCCUUCGAGAAUCUGCGCGUGUUGCUAUUAUGGUUCGCCUCCACUACAGCCAGAGCACCCGCAAGGCUGAGCUGGCCCGAAGCCGAGAGCCGACUGUGACUGCUCCGCCUCUGCCUGGUGACGCCGUGUACUUCUGGCGAGCCACCAAGGUGAACUCCAAGCGUGGCGACCCCAACUUGUCGACUUCGAGCCGGCGGCGGAGGUUGGAACUAAAGCGAUGGCAUGGGCCAGCGACUCUCCUGUGCCUUGAAGGCGGCUUGAGCGGUGGUGCCCCGGUCAAUGCCUUUCUUAGCUUCAAGGGCCAGGUCACCAAGUGUGCUUUGGAACACGUACGAGCCGCGUCUUCACUUGAGCAACUGGCGGCGAACACGUGGGAGGAGGCCAUUCGAGAACUUACAGACCGACUUCAACCGGCGCCAGCGGUGGACUCAGACCAGGCGUUGCCCAGCAUCCCGGAGAACGAGAUCGACCCAAAGGCGGCGGUGGACGAGAGUGUGGACGUUGGUGCGGCGCCGACUUCGUCGCAGACGACGGCCAACGUGGACACCCCGACAUCGUUGACGGCAGCUCCUGGAACGCCGGUUAAACACUUGUUUGAUGUCCCUGCUGGUGCGGCUCCUGAAAGCCCCGGUCUCCUUGACCGUCCUGUGUUACAACAAGCCUUGAGCCGAGCUCGAGGACAACCUUUGGAAGCCGACCUGCGACAACGUGCUCUUCAACGAGGUCAGCCGGCGGACUUUGCAGCUGAGUUGAGGGCGACUAUGCAAAGGUCGGCAUUGGAGCGAGGCCUGAAAAGGAGAAGUGAAUCGGAGCCUGGAGGUGGUGAAUCGUCGGAGCCGAGCAGGAGGUCGAGCUUUGCAGCUUCGGAGCCCCCCGCAGACGAUGCGCCGUGUGCUCCCUGA